AUGGAAACCAAAUUACACCCGACCGUCUCGGUUUCUAAUAUCAAGACCGCCAUCCCGGUCACCCUUGAGAUGGAAACCGGCCACUGGUCCACCUGGUCGGAACUCUUCAAACUUCACUGCAAAGCGUUUCAGGUUUAUGAUCACCUUCUGCCACGCACCCCACUUGUCGAAGCUUCUUCAACCGUUAAAGACAAGGCUGCUGAUUCAUCCACAACUAAAGAAGUUUGCGAGCGACUUGACUCCAUUGUCCUUCAACGGAUUUAUGGAACAAUCUCUCAGGAUCUUGUUCACACCAUCAUUAAACCCGGUACUAUGGCACAUCAAGCAUGGACCACUCUCGAAAACCUGUUCCAAGACAACAAGAGUGCUCGGGCCCUUCAUCUUCGCCACCGAUUCACAAACACCAGACUUGAAAACUUCGCCAACGUCUCUGCUUAUUGUCAAGAACUAAAAGUUUUGUCGGAUCAGUUGGCCAACGUGGGGCAUCUGGUGGAUAAUGACGCCCUUGUUCUCCAAUUAAUCGCAGGCCUUACGGAGCAAUAUGAAGGUAUCGGGAUUGUGCUUCAAGGUCAGGACCCACUGCCAUAG